AUGAUGAGUCUUGAAAGACAAAUCAAUCUUGAUAAUCAUCGUGAGGUCAUGGAAUCAAUGGAAUUAUACAAGAAUCAGCUUGUUGAAAUUCAAGGAAGCUUGAGAAGAACAAAUGGUGAAAGGUUGGAGUAUGCCGACUCCGUUGCAAGAAAGUUUCAAGAGAAAGAAAAUGCAAAAGGUGCUGCUGAAAGAGAACAGACUCGUAUCACUCAAGGUGAGCCUAGUAGAAGAGGUCACUGUGUAUCAACCGGUACCAGAUCUAAGCGUGCUCCAACCAACAAUGAAAAUCCAAGGCCAGCCAAAAGAGGAGGAGCUCGAAGAAGUGGUGAUCGCGGAGGCCGAAGUAGUAUUGGUGGUGGUGGUGGGCAAUCUGGUAGUGAUCGAGGAGGUCGCACUAGUGGCGGUGAUCGUGGUGGGAGAUCUAGUAGAAGCGGUCGCGGUGGUCGUGCUCAUCCUCCGUUUCAAAAUCUGCUAACUAGUGAAGGGAUAAGAGGUGGAGGUUUCAACUAUCCAAUUGAUCCUCGUGUAAAAAGGGAAGAACAAUGA